AUGAUCCAGGUAGAGGACAGAUUACAGAUCUCUGAUGCGUUACUCCUGCUGGGUCUACGCGAAGAGGAAGCUGCCCUGCGUGAUGCACUGAAGCAGCAUUUAGCCCGGGAGCCCACAGAUGAAAAUGAUGAAACAGAAAAGAGGCAGCAGAAAAAAAAUUUUCUGAAAGAAUUUCCUGAGUUGAAAAGGAAACUUGAAGAACACAUCAGUAAGCUCCGAGAUCUGGCUGACCAUCUUGACGAGGUGCACAAGGGCUGCACCAUCUCCAAUGUGGUGUCCGGGUCUACCAGCAUCGCAGCCACAAUCGCUGGAUUAGUUCUGGCACCCUUCACAGGAGGGGUGUCUCUGGUUAUCGCAGCGGCAGGUCUAGGAGCAGCAUCAGCUGCGACUGGUCUCACCACUACCAUUGUGGAAGAAUCCAUCACAAUGGCAGAUGAAAGUGAAGCCAGGAGGCUGGUUGAGGCCAUCAUGGACAUAGUGAACAGAAUUUUGAAGAUCAUGCCUUUGAUCACAUUCAAAGUUAGUAGUAAGGGUGUGGAGUUAAUCUGUGCUUGGAAAAUCCUCAGGGAUCAUAUUAAAGUCAUCGGGACAGGCAGAAUCAGGAACUUCACAACGCUUAGAGGAGGUACUAGGCAGUUGAGGAAUCUCAUCUCACACGAUAUUCCCCGAGGAACAAGACUAGCCAGGAUUGGAAAAGGAGUCGGUAAUGUUUCACUAUUAGCAUUUGAUGUGUAUAACCUUGUGACUGACUCCAUAGAUUUACACAAUGGUGCAAAGACAAAGUCAGGAGGAGCGCUACGGGAGGUGGCUAACAAUCUAGAAGAGAGGUUGCGUGAAUUUGAGCAGCACCACAAGGAUCUACAGUCAGUCUAG